CGCCUGAAAGGCAACCAAACCCAAAAAGCCAGAAAACGAAACCAUUAACCACGGAGAGCUCGGAGAAGCCUCCCUCUCUCUCUCUCUGUCUCUCCUCUCCUCUCCUGCUCGUCCAGGGAACUCCACGCGCUCGGCCGGGCGCGACGCGAGCGGCGGGCGUAUGGGUUGCUGCCGCUCGUCGCUGCGGGAUGGGACCCACCCGGAGAAGCCGACGGAGAAGGCGGCCGGGGCGCAGCCGAACUGGCCGUCCUUCUCUGUGAACCCGCACCAGGCCGCGGCGCCGUCGUCCGAGGCGGCGGCCGGGGGAAGAGGAGGAGAGGUGGCGGCGUUCAAGGAGUACUCCCUGGCGGAGCUGAGCGCGGCCACGGGCGGGUUCGCCAGGGAGAACAUCGUGUCGGAGAGCGGCGAGAAGGCGCCCAAUUUCGUGUACAAGGGCCGCCUGCGCAGCACCCGCCGCGCGAUCGCCGUCAAGAAGUUCACCAAGAUGGCGUGGCCCGACUCCAAGCAGUUCGCGGAGGAGGCCAGGGGAGUGGGGAAGCUGCGGCACCGGCGCCUGGCCAACCUGAUCGGCUACUGCUGCGACGGGGACGAGCGCCUGCUCGUCGCGGAGUUCAUGCCCAACGACACCCUCGCCAAGCACCUCUUCCACUGGGAAAACCAGACCAUUGAAUGGGCCAUGCGUCUAAGAGUUUCAUACCACAUUGCUGAAGCGCUGGACUAUUGCUGCAACGAGGGUAGACCUUUAUAUCAUGACCUGAAUGCAUACAGGGUCCUUUUUGAUAAGAAUGGAGAUCCUCGGCUUUCGUGCUUUGGUUUGAUGAAGAACAGUAGAGAUGGGAAAAGUUAUAGCACAAACCUUGCUUACACACCUCCAGAAUAUUUGAGAAACGGAAGAGUCACGCCGGAUAGUGUCAUAUUCAGCUUUGGUACUGUAUUAAUCGACCUUCUAAGUGGGAAACGCAUACCUCCUUCACAUGCUCUUGAUAUGAUUAGAGGCAACAACAUCCAGUUAUUGAUGGAUUCACAUUUGGAGGGAAACUACUCAACACAAGAGGCAACGGCUCUGGUAGAUCUUGCCUCUCAGUGUUUGCAGUAUGAACCCAGGGACCGCCCUGAUACCAAAAAGCUGGUUACUGUACUUGAACCCUUGGAAACUAAAUCAGAGGCACCUUCCUACGAGAUGCUUGGCAUUCCAAAGCACGAGGAAGAAGCUGCUCCUCCACAACGCCCUCCUUCUGCCAUGGCUGAAGCCUGUUCUAGGAUGGACCUGACAGCUAUCCAGCAGAUUCUUGUUGCGACACAUUACAGAGACGAUGAAGGUACUAAUGAGCUAUCAUUCCAAGAAUGGACACAGCAAAUGAGGGACAUGUUGGAUGCUAGGAAACGUGGGGAUUUAGCUUUCCGUGACAAAGAUUUUACUGCGGCCAUAGAAUGCUAUACAAAGUUUGUUGAUGUGGGGACAAUGGUAUCACCAACUGUAUAUGCUAGAAGGAGCUUGUGCCACCUCAUGUGUGACCAACCUGAUGCUGCCUUACGGGAUGCAAUGCAAGCGCAGUGCGUGUACCCUGACUGGCCAACUGCAUUCUACAUGCAAGCUGUUGCACUUUCAAAAUUAAAUAUGCAGAGCGACGCUAAGGACAUGUUGAAGGAAGCUUCAGAGCUAGAAGAGAAGAAACAAAAUAACUCGAGGGGUCCUUGAGAGAGUGCUCUCGGUUCCUGUAAAGAUGCAUCAGUUUGGUCUCUUUUGCGGCUCAAAGGUUUACCGUCCUUGAGAAAAUCUGUGGCAAAAUCCAGGUUGGGUUGGAGGGAACAUGUGGUGGUAAGUGCUGUGGAGAGUAGAGUAAUGUGGUUGUAAGUUGUAACUAUUUGAUUUAUUGUUCCUGCGAUGCAUUUUUUUGGGCUCAUGUACAUGUAACAUUUUAAAAAAGAACUAAACAUGCAUGAUACAAGGGAGUUUUGUGGCUGAUAAUAAUAUUAGAGCUCGAACUAAUCCAUGGGUUGCUUGAGUAUCUGGUACUCCAA